GUUUAGUCACACACGCGAAGUACCACAUCAGUUAGCCAGGCAGCUCAGUUGAGAAGUGAUCUUGAUAGCCGGCACACCGUACCUUACACACGGCGGCGCACACGUGCUACUCGCGUCCAUCCCUUCUCCUCCGAAUCGUUUCCGAGCGAGUCCGCCGCUCGCUCGGCAAAGCGACGCCGCUGUCCGCCGAUCAGUCCGCCGUCACCGGUCGCAUUCCGCGCCGUACCUUGCUUACUUCGGACCAUACGUAUUAUGUAAUACAAAAAUAAACAGAUACGUUGAAUACCAAGCAACCACGUGUAUGUACACACCGGCCGGCAUACCACCGGAAGUAUCUUCGCGACGCUCAACAUUAUCGCGCUCUGGAUACGCGACGAAGGGCGUCUUGACGGUGGCUGCGACUAGUGGCAUUCCAACUUUGCUCCGGAUUACACACAUACCCAGGAUUUCAUGGAAAACGUGAUAAUUUUGAUAUAGUGUUUUUUCUUCGUUGAAAUUCUAACGUCAUUCUACCUGUUCAGUAUUUUAUCGAAAUAAUUGUGUCUUGAAUAUAAGUGAAAUGUCGAAUUCCGUGGAGCAGCAAUUCAGCGAGCUCAAUUUAUCACAAGAAGAUCAUGAUCAAAUAUUUGAACAAGACGAUUCCCAAGAUCUGAGCCGAUCAUCCAAGGUCCUCAUCAGUGGUCUACCGCUGCACAUUCGUUUCGACAACAUCGACGCCCUGCUCUCGCAGUACGGCAACGUGCAACAUUGCGACAAAGCCAACUCGCGCGAUGCCAACACCCAAGCGGUGUUUAUCACCUUCGAGACCUCGGAGCAAGCGCAACAGGCCAUCAACGGUUUGAACGGUUACGAGUUGGAAGGAAGUCGUAUGAAAGUGGAGGCGGCAGAGCAAAAUGCGCGAGGUGGACGACGCGGGCGUCCGGGCGGCGGCCGCGGCGGCGGCGGCGCCAGCGGCGGCGGCUCACGGCCCACGGACUUCCCGCUGCGGCUGCUGGUGCAGAGCGACAUGGUGGGCGCCAUCAUCGGCCGCCAGGGCAGCACUAUCCGGCUCAUCACGCAGCAGAGCCGCGCUCGCGUCGACGUGCACCGCAAGGACAACGUCGGCUCCUUAGAGAAGGCCAUCACCAUCUAUGGCAACCCUGAAAACUGCACUAAUGCAUGCAAGAGAAUACUUGAGGUCAUGCAGCAGGAGGCCAACAACACAAAUAAAGGGGAAAUAUCGCUGAAAAUCCUAGCGCAUAAUAAUUUAAUUGGGCGCAUCAUAGGAAAAGGCGGCACUACAAUCAAGAGAAUCAUGCAGGAAACCGACACAAAGAUCACGGUGUCCUCCAUCAAUGACAUCAACAGUUUCAACCUCGAACGUAUCAUAACUGUGAAGGGAACCAUUGAAAAUAUGGCAAAGGCGGAGUCACAAAUUUCAGCAAAGUUGCGCCAGAGCUAUGAAAAUGAUUUGCAGGUGCUGGCGCCUCAAAGCAUAAUGUUCCCGGGUCUGCACCCGAUGGCGAUGAUGUCGACCGGGCGCGGCGGCUUCUGCGGCGCCACGCCGCCGUUCCCGCCACCCAUCUACGCCCCCAUGGCUGGCCAGGGCGGCGCGCAGCAGGGGGCUGGCGACUCGCAGGAGACCACGUACCUGUACAUCCCUAACAACGCGGUGGGUGCCAUAAUCGGCACGAAGGGCUCUCACAUUCGCAACAUCAUCCGGUUCAGCAACGCGUCCGUGAAGAUCGCGCCCCUGGAGCAGGACAAGCAGGUGGAGGGCCAGAACAACGCGCAGCCCGAGCGCAAGGUCACCAUCGUCGGCAGCCCGGAGGCUCAGUGGAAGGCUCAAUACCUUAUCUUCGAGAAAAUGCGAGAGGAAGGGUUCAUGUCGGGGUCAGACGACGUGCGGUUGACCGUGGAGAUCGUGGUGGCGUCGUCGCAGGUGGGGCGCAUCAUCGGCAAGGGCGGGCAGAACGUGCGCGAGCUGCAGCGCGUCACCGGCUCGCUCAUCAAGCUGCCCGAGCAGCCGCAGCAGCAGGGCCAGCCGCCGCAGGACCACGACACCACCGUGCACAUUGUCGGCCCCUUCUACAGCGUCCAGUCGGCUCAGCGCCGUAUCCGAGCGAUGGUGGCGCAGGCGAGCGCGCCGGGCCGCCACCGCCGCGCCGCGCCGCCGCCGCCCGCGCAGCAGUAAACCGUCGCCACCCACCCGCGCGCCCACAUACCAUCUCACCCUCACCGCCUCACCGCCUCGACCCUCGCUCCACCGCCAGCCGCGGCCGGCCUUCGCUGUCUGGCGAGUACCGACGGUCGUCCCCAGUGUAUGACUUGGUGACUUUGACGGUACUUACCUCGUAGUUAGACAUAUUCAUAAGAAACUAUGAUAAAGUUGCUGACUUGAUAGGUUCUACAAGAGUUGUCUGACUGUUGCGCAGGCAGGCUGUUGUGUUGGCAGCAUAUUGUGUCCAAAUGUUGUUGUUGAUAUUAUUGUAGUGAAUUGUAAUUAAUAACUAUUGAUAAAUCCAUAUUUUUACCCCGGGAUUAUAUAUGUUGAUGAUGAUUAAUAUUUGAAUAUAUACUAUUCAUAUACACUAUUUUCUUAACGAUAUAGUGCCACUUAAGUAUAUGAAUCUAAUGCCGCGCAUAUAGUUUAUUGUUAUAGUUUUCAUACCAUGUUAUUCUGCUACAUUAUAAAAGAGUUGUCAUAUACCGCAAUAGUUAAUGAUUAUGUUCUCUAACUAUACAUAUACACAUGUUGUUAACAAUAGCUAUAUUAUCACUCCAUUAUUAUACAAACGAGAAGUAAAUAUUUUGUUUUGUUAUAAAAUAAUAGAUUAAUCUGUUAUAAUCACUACACUGUUAAUAUUAUUUAAAGGGUGUGUGGGAUACAAACCGACUACUUAGGAACGGAUAUAAACAUGAUAUGGCUUUACCGAGGAGGCUCAAUGAAUGAACAGACAGAUGCUUUUGCGAGUAUAUUGUAAUGAUUUAAAACGAUACAGAAUUUGCAUUUGUGCAUGCAUGCUGAUAAGAAUGUUGUACAAUGAUUAUACAAAAUGAACGUGUGUGUUGGGUGCGAAGUAAGUAAUCCAAAGAGAGGCCGCCGGUCGUGUGACGGGCCGGCAGCGAGACAGCCUUGACUAGACUAGACGCGCAGGGCGGGCCGCCGCGCGCGGUCGCCUGCCCUGUCCUGCCACGGUGAUGAUAAAUCCACCUAUGAUGGAUAUAAAUAUUUUUGAUAUAAUAGUAAUUGUUGGAAAGUAAGAAAUAAACGUACGAGUUUUAAUUUGUAAGUGAUUUGUUGAUCGUUUUCUUUGUAAUUUUGUCUUUGUUAGCUUUAUGAUGUUUUCUUGUAUGAAACUAUGGUAAAAGAUUUUGAGAAUUUAGAAGACACCGUAGCGUUUAAUGGUGCCAGUGGAAGCGUAUUGUUUGAAUCUAUCGUGAUAUGUUUUAUUAUUGAAAUGUACGAUUUGUGUUACUAUUGUGCCAAGUGAGAUAUUUUAACUAUGAGAUAUUAAGAUUAAGUGAAUAAUAUCAAAAUUAAUGAAAAGCUAAGAUAUUUAUAUUUAUAAUUGUGAUAAUAAUAUAUGGAAGUUUUGGCAAAAAGAAUGUUAACAUUCUUAUUUUCAUUUAGGUUGCUUUCUUUUAUCAACUAAAUGUAUGUAAUAUCCCAAAUGCAUUAAAAUAAUUUUCAUAUCAUUUUGCCUAAAAUAAUAUACUUAAAAGCUUUUGCUAAAAGGUUACGCCUAUAGUAAUAAGCCCGCAGUGGCGUUGAUCAAAAUUUUAUAUCUUCCUAUUGGAUGUAAUUAAUUUUGACACAAAAAAUUUGUAAUGCUUCCACAUAUUAUUGAAAAUAAUCUCACAUUUGGCAUGGGUCCUUAUAGCGUUCCAGUAUUAUUUAGGAUUGACGGUAUAUCCGCGUGGUACUUUUAUAGUAUACAUUUGGUUCGAGUUAUAUUCGAUAGCCUCGUCGUGCCGCCUGCAGUCUGCCCGGGGCUACUGACGAGACGGCCGGCGAGGCGUUCCCGUACAUAGAUGGGCCGACUGUUAAGAUAUGCUGAAACGUUAAAAGGUCGUAACAUUAGACUUACACAUCAGACAUGUAAUAAUAAAACACACCCUUGUACCACUAAUAUUGUCUGCAGGGAGCUGCGCCCGCCUCGCGGCCGAGUGCAGGCACGCGCGCCUAGAGGCGGGUGUGGCUCCCUCGAGUGCUUGGUAUGUGAUGUAUUCGCUUCCGUUUGAAAUACAUAUGUACGGUCGUCGACUUUACUUAAUUAGUUACUCAUCAACUUGCACAGUGAUACAGAAACCUCGACCUCCGCGAUCAAACCGGAGAGUGUUCGCAACUGACAUGUAAACCUUGGACUACAUAGCAUAUAGAGCUAUAGCUACUUAAUGUUAUCAAUUCAUUUGAUAUAGAGUUUACAGUCUAGGAAAUAACGAAAGACUGACAAAUCAAUACAAAAUAGUGCUUGUUGGCACUCCAGAAACAUCAGGACUUAGCCCAGUUGACAAUAGAAGAAACUGACUGACCGAGAUGGCAGUUCUUACAGAGUACGAAACUAAUGGAUUCCGUGAAGGGCAGUGCAGUAGCGAGCAUCUGUAAAUACGUUGUGUUAAAAAAAAGUAUUUGAUUUGAAGCUUUAUUGGACAAGCUAUUUGCGCGCUGGUGUACAUUAUAAUCAUCAAUCGGUAUGUUAUCUGACGAGUUUUCGCCUAGCUUGAGACGAGUCGCGUUGAUGGGACAUAGACAGUCGGUGCUAGACAAGCUAGGCAGUGCGUCUGUUAAGGUUAACAAGAACCGAAUGUCGCUGACUCAUCGACUGACUGCAUAUUUUCUGUGCUUGUAUUAGGGUGCGGCCACACAUAUCGGGAGUAGACGGAUAUUCGUAAUUGCGUGUCUUUCAUUUCCCUUGGAUAGCGAGAUACGCCAUCACGAAUAUUCGCCGAAAUCCGAUGUGUGGCCGCAGCAUUACAUUGCGGCACGCUUCACAAUUUACAAAGUUCCUUUUCGGGUAUUUAUUCUGAGAAAAAUGACAGCAUUAAUCAUACAUUCCAAUACAUGACAUCAGAGUUGUUAAAGGUGCUGACACAUUUUUUAGAAUUAAUAUCUAGGUGUAAUCUUUGCUAGUCGCUUUAGUUUUUCGUCAAACUAUAUACUCGUAUUGAGGGAAAACUAUUGAAACUUGUCAAGAAGAUGCCCACCUGCUGUAGGGCCAAAGAUAGAUCACUGACUUUGCAUUAUCCGUAGUAGUUUGGUCCUUUUCGUGGUUUUAUGUGAUGUCGUGCAAACUUCUGCUCGGCAAAAGUUUGGAUACGUUCAUUCUGCCGAAAUGUAAAAUAAUGAAUGUUUCUUGGUGACUCAAUUUACCUUAUAAGGAUUUGUAAACUAAAUUGACUACAAAAUUCAAAAUGCAAAUUUAUUAGUCAUGGUGUUAGCAGUUUAUUCUAUACUUCAAUGUAACACAUCCCAUUGUAGGGAAAUAGUAUGCAUUCUUAAUGUUGCUGUUAAUUAUAAUGUGUUGAAUCGAUUAAACGUUCAUCUUGGUGUAACAUUUCACAUCAUCAUCAUAAUAAUAAAUACACAACACAAGUAUUGUUCAUAUUAUUAUAAUUAUACUGGACAAAAGAUAUCGGCCGCUCAUGUGUCGUGCGGCAGUGCGGAUGGAAGCCGCCGUCGCGCCGCACGACGCACCGGGCGGCGACGACCCAUCGGAGUAAAUGUACGGUUACUUUCACGACAGGAAAAGUGUACAUAUACAGGCAUGUUGUUUAUUCCUUCCAAAUAUAAAAAGAGGGUACAUUAUGAUUUGUAAUGUGUUAGGCUGCAGAAAUAGUUUUAGUUGAUUAAUUGUAUCGUUGUGAAGUAGUGUUAAGUUGAGUAUGACGCGGACGGCGCGCGGCGCGCGGCCCGAGACUGAACUACACCCCUGCCGCACGCGCCGGCGCAUCCAUUACUUUACAUGUCAUUCUCGCUAUUGAUAUACUGCGUCAUUCUUGUUUGAUGGUUCUACUGUUAUUUACAUAUUUCUUUCUCAUGUGUGUGUAACCACUGUUUUGUGCAUUUGGUGUGUGAUCGACAGAAUUACCAAUUUCAUUUAUGUGCAUGAUUGUAUUUUAUAAAUAAAGUCUGUGAAUGGAAUGAUACAAUUUUAUUAUGAACGUUAUUUAGCGGAGAAAGUCGAGCACACAUAGCAUUUUUGGUACCUAAUUUAGUUUACGUAUUAUUACUGUAUUUGUUGUAACUUAAACUUGGCGGGAAUGUGGAGCACUCAAUCUAUUGUUCGUAUGUUACACUCCCUUCAGUCUUAAUAUAUAUUGAUGUUCCAUCGAGUCUAUAGCUAAUAGUGUUUGUAUGUAUGUGAAUGUACGUACAUAGCCGGAAGGAGCGCGGCCGGCCCGGCGCGGGCGCGGCGACGGCGCUCCGUUUAGAUAGAGCUGUUAUUGUUGCUUGUAACAUAAACGUAUUAAGGUCCAAUAUACAUACAUUUUAUCAGUUAAACGUUCAAACUUCACUGUUUGAACACACAUUUCACCAAAAUUUUCUUUGAUUAUUGUUAUUUUUAGAACCAUUUUAAUUGGUAUAAGUUCUGAAACUAAUAACUACCUCAAUAUUACUAAAUGAAUAUGAUAAUUAUCUUUGUGCAUGUUUUUGGGAACUGACUUUGAAACGAAAAUUCAAUAUAGAUAAGAUUGCUAUUUUAAACAUAGUAACAGAAAAUUGUCAAAAUUAGGUUUCUUAUCGUAAUAAAAGUAAUGAAAAUUU